AUGGGGAUUCAAGGGGCAGUGCUGUCCUAUAGCUGUACAUCCAAGGAUGAAGACCCGGCCUACCAUCUGGUCCAGCAGAGUGCAUAUGUGUGUCACUCCGCUCCUAUGUUCUACAACAUAUCCAUGGACAGCAGUGGUGACGCGGAGCUGGAGCUCCUUUUCCCAAUUUCUUUCUCCACCCGAGCACCUGUUCAAAUCACCACUGCUACUGGACCUCCCACCCUCACCAACACCAUCACCACCACCAUGAUCCGCCUGAAGGACUUUGUCCUGAGCCGGGUGGUGGAUUUCCUGCAGGAGAAUUUGCUCAUUAUCAUCGUGGUGACCUCUCUUCUCAUCGUCAUGGUCUUCAUCAUCUGCUGUGCCUCUGCCAUGAGUCAUAAGCGCAAGCUGGAGGCCUACAAGCCCCCUCCUCACCCACCCAGGAAGUAUAUGGCAGAUAAAACUGGUGGAAGCAAGAAUUCAAGCGAGGUCCAGGAGAGGCCUUACGCCGUCGACCACGUCAAGAGGGUCCAGACUCAAAGCUCCCCCAAGAACCUGCGCAUGCCCUCUAAGGCUCUGGUGGGGGAGAGAGGGAGAGACGUCAGGUCAUCACCUCGCCAGGAGGUCAGAAAGGUCCGGGAGGCGGAGGAGGUGGAAAAGCGGAGAGAGGAGCCGAAGCACAAAGAGCACUCCAGCCCCAGCACCAGCUCCAGUCAACCGGUCUGCACCUGCCAUCUGAAAAAGGCCCAUCACUAG